AUGGCGGUCCAGAGGCGCGGGGCAGCGAAAGACCAAAGCGAACAACUCAUUUCGCAGCAGGACGACAACGCCCCGCCAAGGGAGGCCAGCGGCGCAUCCGGCGCCACUGCCGCUGCGCCGCCCGCGUUUGCUGCUGUCCAGCCGCGCGUCGCCAUCAACAUCGCAGUGCACUCGCUGCUGAUGCUGGUGCUGCCCCUGAGUCUCUUCUUUGCAUCCUACUCUGGCCUCCUGGACCCCGUGUACGCCCGGACGUUCGGCAUCCCCAGCAGCGAAAACAAGACGACCGUUGGGGCGGUACUGGCCGUGCUGGGGGUCAACGCGGUCAUCGCGUCAUUCGUCGUGGUGGCGUUCAACGAGCCCGACCCACCCCUGGAAGCCAAGGAGGAUUGA